AUGGAUGCUCCACAAGAAACCAUACAAAUCCUUGACAUUGUUCUCAGAGCAUCUCCAUCAGAAAAGUACAUUACUGUUGGGAGGUCAUUUUACUCGCCCAAUUUGGGUCCAAGAGGCGAGCUUGGUGAUGGAAUAGAAUAUUGGAGAGGUUAUUAUCAAAGUCUUCGGCCAAUCCAAAUGGGACUAUCUUUCAAUAUUGAUGUGUCAGCCAGAUCCUUUUAUGAGCCAAUUUUGGUUACUGAGUUUGUAGCGAAGUACUUUAAUAUUAGAGACUUGUCAGGCCCCCUUUCUGAUCAGGAGCGUAUUAAGGUGAAAAAGGCCUUAAAAGGAAUCAAAGUACAAAUUACAUACAGGGACUGCACAAAAAGCUAUAAGGUUACUGGCAUAUCUCAUCUACCAAUAAACAAAACAAUGUUUACUCUGGAUGCUAAGAACACAAAGGUUUCGGUCCAUCAGUAUUUCCGGGACACAUACAAUAUUGGGUUAAAAUAUACAUCUUUGCCUCCUCUUCAAGCUGGAACUGAUGCAAAACCUAUUUAUUUGCCCAUGGAGAUGGUUAGGCAAAAUGAUUAUGGUAGGAAUGAGCUUGUAAGGAAUGAAUUUGGUAUUCAAGUGAAAGAAGAACUUGCAUUGGUUGAUGCCCGAGUUUUACCCCCUCCCAUGCUUAAAUAUCAUGAUACAGGGCGAGAAGCUAGCGUGGAUCCGCACUUAGGACAAUGGAACAUGAUUAACAAGAAAAUGGUGAAUGGAGGCAGAAUUGAUUCCUGGACCUGUGUGAACUUCUCUACAAGAUUGCAUAGAGAUUUGCCACCUGAAUUUUGUUGGCAAUUAAUGGAAAUGUGCAAAAGCAAAGGAAUGGAAUUCAACCCAGAGCCCAUUGUUCCAAUACGUCCAGCUAAUUCCAGGCAAAUUGAGAAGGCUCUUUAUGACGUUCAUAAGCAAUGGAAAAUCAAACGGAUUUGUGAAACUGAGUUAGGAAUAGUUUCACAAUGCUGUCAGCCCCAGCAGGCAAGGAAGCUUAGCAAACAAUACCUAGAAAAUGUUGCUCUCAAAAUUAAUGUGAAGGCUGGGGGACGGAACACUGUAUUGAAUGAUGCUUUUCAUAGAAGAAUUCCUCUUGUUACUGAUCUUCCUACUAUUAUUUUUGGCGCUGAUGUAACCCAUCCACAACCGGGAGAAGACUCUAGCCCAUCUAUUGCAGCAGUAGUGGCUUCUAUGGACUGGCCAGAGGUAACAAAGUAUAGAGGACUUGUCUCUGCACAGGCCCAUCGUCAAGAAAUUAUAGAGGAUCUUUACAAAAAAUAUCAGGAUCCAAAAAAGGGUUUAGUUCACAGUGGAAUGAUCAGGGAAUUGUUUAUUGCAUUCAGGAGAUCAACUGGCCAAAAACCUUACAGAAUUAUAUUCUACAGAGAUGGUGUCAGUGAAGGUCAAUUCAGCCAAGUUUUGCUACAUGAAAUGCAGGCAAUACGAGAGGCAUGUAGCACUUUAGAAGAAGGAUAUUGUCCUCGAGUUACCUUUGUUGUAGUGCAGAAAAGGCAUCAUACACGGUUUUUUCCUGCUGACCAUAACAGGCGUGAUCAGACUGACAGGAGUGGCAAUAUCCUACCAGGUACAGUUGUUGAUACUAAAAUUUGCCAUCCAACAGAAUUCGACUUCUACCUCAACAGUCAUGCUGGAAUUCAGCUCUUGGGAACCAGCAGACCUACACACUAUCAUGUGUUGUUUGAUGAAAACAACUUCACUGCUGAUGGUUUACAAACCCUCACCAACAAUUUGUGCUACACAUAUGCAAGAUGCACUCGGUCUGUGUCCAUAGUGCCUCCGGCGUAUUAUGCACAUUUGGCUGCUUUUAGGGCUCGAUACUACAUUGAAGAUGAAAUGUCAGAUGGCGAUUCUACUUCUGGUGGGACUGGGAGGACUGCUGAGUUCCGUCCUCUUCCGGUUAUCAAAGAUAACGUCAAGGAUGUUAUGUUUUACUGUUGA